UUAAGAAGGGUCAAAGCAAUGGAGCAAGAACAAGAGAGUUACAAAUCAAGAUUGUUUCAUUUCAAGAACAUGAGCGAACAUUCAGCUUCAAGACGUGUUAAAAGCUGGAGCUCAGACUGCGUCGGUACAGACAAUUCUGAUGAAGAUGACAAUGACAUGAUGAUGUUCAGAAGUCAACCCGGGAAAGCCAGUAGCGUUGACCGGCCGUCAUUGCCUUUAAGCGGUGGUUCAACGCCCAACCGCAACGACAAGCUUGCGAGGAUGGUUUCAUACGAAUCCGUGGAGGCAUUACAAGCAGCAAUGGAUCAAAUGAAAGAAAAGUUUUCGAAACUGCUUCUUGGAGAAGACAUGUCUGGAGGAGGAAAAGGCGUUUCUUCGGCUUUGGCUUUAUCUAAUGCCAUUACCAAUCUAGCAGCGUCUGCGUUUGGUGAACAACGGCGUUUAGAGCCAAUGGCGGCUGAUAGAAAAGCGCGGUGGAGAAGAGAAAUUGGAUGGCUUAUCUCUGUGGCUGAUCAUAUAGUUGAGUUCGCUCCAACGCAACAAACAAACAAAGAUGGAACUUCAAUGGAAGUCAUGUCAACAAGACAGAGAACAGAUCUUCUCUGCAACAUUCCUGCACUUAAGAAACUAGAUGCAAUGCUCCUUGAUUGUCUUGAUAAAUUCAAAGAUCAGGACGAGUUUUAUUAUGUCAAAAAGGAUUCUCCUGAUUCUGGCGAGACAAGAAACGAUGAUAAAUGGUGGUUGCCAGCGGUUAAAGUCCCACCUAAUGGCCUCUCAGAGAUAUCAAGAAGGUUUCUACAGAGCCAAAAGGAAUCUGUUAACCAAGUUCUUAAAGCUGCAAUGGCAAUAAACGCUCAAGUUCUGUCUGAAAUGGAGAUUCCUGAGAGCUACCUAGAAUCACUUCCUAAGAAUGGGAGAGCUAGCUUGGGAGAUGUGAUAUACAAAAUGAUAACAGUAGAGAUGUUUGAUGCAGAUCAGUUCCUAAUUGAAAUGGAUUUAUCAUCUGAGCACAAGAUUCUUGAUCUAAAGAACAGAAUCGAAGCGUCGAUUGUGAUAUGGAAGAGGAAAAUGGUACAGAAGGACACAAAGUCUGCUUGGGGGUCAACAGUGAGUACUGAGAAGAGAGAACAGUUUGAAGAAAGAGCUGAAACAAUCUUGCUUCUUCUCAAACUAGGGUUUCCUGGAAUCUCUCAAUCCACACUCGAUAUCACCAAGAUUCAAUGCAACAGAGAUGUAGGACUUGCUAUACUAGAGAGUUACUCAAGAGUGCUUGAGAGUUUGGCUCACACAGUGAUGUCAAGAAUAGAAGACGUGCUCUACGCUGACCAGCUUACUCAAGAACCUACAAAUGCACCUAAUAAGAAUAGAUAUUCUUCUGUGAAAGAGGCAGAGAAACCCAAGGAGGAAAGAGUUAGUUUCUCAGAGGAAAGGCUUUCAGGGACAUCACUUUCAGAUGUUAUGCAAUGGGGUAAUAAAAACAAUGAAGUGAAGAAAGAGAGCUAUUACGGAGAUAAAGAGAAACCAUUGUUGUCUAAAGUCACAGGUAUUAUGACACCCAACAAAAAGAGUUCUUAUCUUGAUAAUCUUGGAACUAUGAGGAGUCCAACCGCAAGAUAUUCUUGAGAAAAAAAAAUCUUGUAAAAUUAGGUUUUAAAUGCAAUUGAUUUUUCCAUGAUUCAAAUGAAAAAGA